CAUUGUAGUUCUCUCUUGUUUCUCUGCUGAUUGUUUGUUCACCAUGUCUGGACGUGGCAAAGGCGGCAAAGGGCUCGGAAAAGGCGGCGCCAAGCGACACCGCAAGGUCCUGCGCGAUAACAUCCAGGGCAUCACAAAGCCCGCCAUCCGGCGUUUGGCCCGGCGCGGCGGCGUCAAGCGUAUCUCGGGGCUCAUCUACGAGGAGACCCGCGGCGUUCUCAAAGUGUUCCUGGAGAACGUGAUCCGCGACGCUGUCACCUACACCGAGCACGCCAAGCGCAAGACGGUCACGGCCAUGGACGUGGUCUACGCGCUCAAGCGCCAGGGCCGCACUCUUUAUGGCUUUGGCGGCUAAGCGCGGCUGUCGGCUCUAGGCCGUCUUGGUCUCUCGCAACCCCAACCCAACGGCCCUUUUCAGGGCCCCCAGAGCAUCAGGACGGAGCUGGGACACUUGCGAUCGGCCUGGGUUACUUGGAGGGAGGCUGGGGCGCCCAGGGAGC